AGCUCUGGCUAGCUACUAGUACCACCACUGCUUCUUCUUCUUCCUCAUCGCUGCCGCUAUAAAGUGCCGUGGAGAGGAGGUCGGGUGGAAGGUGAUGAGACCCAGCCUCGCCGGCGACGACGACGACGGAGCUGCAGCAUGCGGGGGGAUCACCAGGAUGUGGCGGCGCGGGGCGGCGGCGGCGGGGGAGACGACGGGCAGGGGAACGACAUGGUGAUGCCGGGGUUCCGGUUCCACCCGACGGAGGAGGAGCUCAUCGAGUUCUACCUCCGGCGGAAGGUGGAAGGGAAGCGCUUCAACAUCGAGCUCAUCGCCUUCGUCGACCUCUACCGCUACGACCCGUGGGAUCUUCCUGCUCUGGCUUCGAUUGGGGACAAGGAGUGGUUCUUCUACGUGCCGAGGGACCGCAAGUACCGGAACGGCGACCGGCCGAACCGGGUGACGCCGUCGGGGUACUGGAAGGCGACGGGGGCGGACCGGCUGGUGAAGGUCGACGGCGACCGCUCCAUCGGCCUCAAGAAGACGCUCGUCUUCUACGUCGGGAAGGCGCCCAAGGGCCUCCGCAGCAGCUGGAUCAUGAACGAGUAUCGUCUCCCCCAUGGCGACGCCGAUCGAUACCAGAAGGAAAUUUCGCUGUGCCGGGUCUAUAAACGCCCAGGAAUCGAAGACAAUUUCCACCUCACCGCCACAACAACUAAAUCGUCCGGCUCAAAGGCGGCAAAGAUGGACAAGAAGCACGCCGCCGCGUACCGGACGUCGUCGGCCACGGCGGCGGCGGCGCCACGCCUCGCUCCUAUGUUCGACGGCGGCGGCGGCGGCCACUCAUCCGCUCUCAUGGGUAAGGCGUCGGCGUACCACGAAGGGACGAACGCCAUCGCCAUGUCACUGUCGGAGGCGGCCGCAGGAAUAACGACGACGACGACGGCCGGACUGCACCCGCCGGCGCCGCCGCCGCCGUCGAUGUUCCGGUCGACGGCGUCGGUCGCCUCCCUGAGCUCCACCACGUCGACGGAGGAGGACGGCACGUCACUCUUCCACCUCAAGGGUUCCACCAACCCGAUGCAGCAGCUGCCGGCGUCCACUCAUGCUCUGCUCAACACCAACUCCUCAGCAAUGGCGACCAUCCCCAUCGACGAGCUGAGUAGGGCAAUUGGAUCGUACAGCAACCACCAUCAAUCAAACUCCACCGCUGCUACCAAUUUGGUGCCGCCAUCGCAACAAAGCCCAUUGCUUCCUUUCGCUAGCAUGGAGAAGAUCUGGGAUUGGAACCCUCUCCUAGAGUCCCCCAAGGUUUGCACAAGCUUCAAGCAAUAAUUACCUUGAUCUACGUACGUACUCUUGGAUGAAUAUGCAUGCAUGUAUGCAACUAUGCAUAUGCAUUUUGCAAUUAAGCCACGGUAUUAUAUGUGUACUUAACUAAGUAUGUAUAUCGAUCUAUAUAUACACUUAUUCGGGCUAGGACAUGGUUAUCUAUAUGAUGGAAUUAUCAAUUAAGUUCACAUGCAUAACAGGAUGAAUGUAACUGUAUGUCAAUUUGGAUUGGAUCUCGGGGACAUGAUGUAGUAGUAUGUAACUCGUUGAUCUAGAGAUGUAAUAAUAAUGGAUUAGCAUGCAUUAUAUAUGAUCCAAUAAUUUUUCAUUUUUAUAGAUAGUAUUCACUCUACAUUUACAUAUAUA